AACUUGUUCUUUGCCGCGAUGCUCAUGGUCGCCGUGGCCGAGUUCGACAAGGACCCCAAGGUGACGGCGGAUAUGGUCAAGAUCGGGACACAAGUGGAGUACACGGGCAAGAAGGGCAGGUCGGCGGGGAAGAAGACGACGGUGGUGACGGACGCGGAGGCCUUGUGGGCCAUGCUCUACGCUGACGACGCGGCCAUCGUCUCGCGCUCGCCGGAGAGUCUCGAGAAGAUGAUGUCGGUCAUCGUGCGCGUGGCCGGCCUGUUCGGAAUGAUGGUAUCGGAGCCAAAGACGGAGAUCAUGUGCAUGCUGCCGAAAGGGAUCGAGGAACGCCCGUUCACGGUCAGCGCCGCCGGCCAGUGCUACAAGCAGACAGAUCGGUUUGUGUACCUCGGACGUACCAUCUCCGCGGACGGGAAGGCCGACCGGGAGAUCACGAGCCGCAGCUGCCGAGCGUGGAAGUGCUACCGCCGGAACAGUGCUUCGAUGUACGACAGGCGACGAGCCGACCGCCAGCUCAAGAUCCGGCGGCUACUCCAGGCUGAAGUGGUGGAGACUCUCCUGUAUGGGUGCGCCUCGUGGAGCCUAACAGCGGAGCACUACACGAACCUCAACGGGACCCACCGCCAGUUCCUUACACAGUGCAUCAUCGGCUGAGCAAGCGGAAACGCUCAGACCGCCCCCUGUCCUAUGCCCAGGCCCUCAUCCAGGCAGGCUGCGA